CUCGGACACAAAGAAUAUGUUUUAACUUGUAUCAGUAGGAAAUAAAACCAUAAUCACCCAGUUUGGCUUUGUUGUAGCGGUCACCGAGAGUGUUGUGUUCUACGCAUGCGCGCAAGGUCUCUUGUUGUCAAACACUGUCGACGGUGUUUGACGUCAUCAUUGUUUUGGGCCAAACUACAUAAAAAGGAGCGGUACAAGAAGAGCUGCACGUCGCAAAUGCACUUUGGACACCCCUGCUCUCUCUACAAGAUGCACGCUUGAAUGGUAGAGAUGCCACCACAUGAUGGCGCCACACUGGAGAAAAAGGAGCAUCAACGCUGUGAAGGUGCUGAGUGUCAGGAGCAGAGGUAUCAGGGAUGGUGGAAGUCUAACCAGGCUCAAUUCGAAGCUCCUUCGGGGCAUCCUUUUGCAGGACAACAGGGACUUCUCCAAAGUGUGCCUCAAGACCUCAAAAUGUCCAAUAAUGUAUGAAAAUGGUAAACUCUACCUGGAAAAUUACCUGACAUGCUACAGCUGUAUUCAUGCCGAGCCUCACCUUCUCUACAAUUUGCCCCAACGAUGCAAAAGUGAGAAAUUUGAAGAUACUUUGCUGUGUCAGUGCCCGCUUGAAAACACAUUGGCGUCUCCUUCUGAUCAGAAGCCCUGCCUCCUGGUUCUCACCGCCAAUAACUGGCUGUAUCGCUUAUCAGAUGCAACAGGACAGGAGAUGCAGAGAGUUUUCCUGUCUUCAAAGCACAAGUUCAAGUAUUUAAGCUGGGAUGUUUCGCAGGAGAUCUUUUAUGUUAAAUCUGUUCAAAGCAGGGAGAACCCCGUAGCACGACAGGCCGGAAUAACAGAAAGCACGCUGAUGCAUCUGGCCAUUUUUCAAACGUUCCCCUUGGAAGUUGUGGGCAUGAUGGAGGUGAACAAAAAGGUAUUUGGGAGUGGUGUUACUGAUGUUCUUCUGACCCAGGGCGUCCUGGCCGUGUCUUACAGCACCAAGACUGUCAAGUUGUUCAAUUUUGAGCACAUUGUGAAAAAAUACAAGGAGGAGAAACUAGCACUGGGAAAGACAAGUUCACUUCUCCAAGGCAAACGAGUGGGCGAGUUCCCAUGCGGCAUCCCCGUAAAUAUUCAGAUUCCAGAGCAUCCUCCCGUGCUUUUCCAAGUGUCCUGCUCCAAUAACGGAGUGCAGAUCGGAGGUUUCCCUUGGCACUUUAUUCACACGCCCCCGCAAAAACGCCACCAAGGCACCCACCAUAUUUGCUCCCUGAGAGACAAGACUUUGGCCACAAAUGGAAUCCAGAAUAUGAAUUGUUGCUCCAUAGAGAGCGAUGUGAUUUUCUUCCAUCCUGACGACUCGGGAAGAAUCAUUCAUGUAGGACCCAGCACUAUAAACAUUCUAAAAAUCCUUGGUGAUUUCAACGGCAGCUCGGCAGCAAAGGUAGUUCAACAUUUCUCCAUGGAAACUCGUCAGAACCACGUUCACGCUUCACAAGUCACCGUCACCUCUUCAGGACGCACGGUCAAGAGACGAUUCCAGCAGCUGGACGAUGAUCCCGAUCAAGAGAAUUUCCGCCUGGUAGAAUAUGAAGACGAUCUGGACCUUCUGGCGGUGGUGGUCACCAACGGUGCAGACGGACAAGGAAGAGCUGAGAUCCGACUGCACGACAACCACAGCGGAUGUUUACUUAAGACGGUCAGACUGUCGGAACCCUGGGAUGAGACGUUCCAGCACAACGUGGUCUUCGACAAGGACACGAUAGUUCAUGUUGAACAAAAGAAGUCCAACUUCUGCUGCCACGUCUACAAGCUCAAGGCUUAGCGCUUGGAAGUUAGCGCCAACAAGGUGCAAGGAAAUGACUUCCUACUCGUUACCUUUUUACAACUCCAUUCCUCUGAAUCUUUGUGUAAAUAAAAUGUAAUCGUGUUGCUUU